AUUCCACCCCUUUUUCUUUUUUUUUUCCCUACAAUAAAAAAAAAUAUAUAUAUAUUUAUAUUAUUUCCCUUUUUUUUUUGUUUCCUUUAAUUAGAAUAGUUUAACAAUGGCAAACGCAUUUUCAAGAUUAACACAAGGAACAAAGAAGCCCUUAUCUGGGUUAUUAAUUAUUUCACUAAUUUAUGCUAUUCAUAAAGCAAGAAAACAGUUUAAAUCAAAUAUAGUUGCUGAGAAUAGUAAACAACGACAAAGUCAACAACAACAAGUAAAAAAUAGAAGGAAAGUAGGUGUCAAUAAGGAAUUCAUCCAGCAAAUGAAAAAGUUAUUACCUAUUUGUAUACCAGGCCUAUUCUCAAAGGAAUCAGGAUUAUUGUUCAUACUUGCUACUGUACUUAUUGCUCGUACCUGGUUGGAUAUUUGGUUUUCUGGGUUUAAUGGCUCCGUAGUAAAGUCUAUUGUAUCAAGAGAUAAAAAGCGUUUCAUUGCAUUAGCUAUUGUGGAAUUUGGUUUAAUGAUGUGGCCUAUGAGUAUUGUUAAUAAUUCAUUAAAAUUAACAAUUAAUGCACUUGCACUUAGUUUUCGUGAGCGUUUAACAAAGCAUGCUCAUAAUCAAUAUCUGGAUGGAAUUACAUUUUAUAAAAUCUCAAAUCUUGAUAAUAGACUUCAGAAUGCAGAUCAAUUAUUAACACAAGAUAUUGAUAAAUUUUCUGAGAAUUUGUCUCAUCUUUAUUCAGAUAUUGCAAAACCUGUCGUGGAUAUUUUUUUAUUUGCUUAUAAAUUAGGUGAAGCGAUUGGUAAUGAGGCUCCUUUCUUCAUGAUUGCUUACUUUAUCUUAUCUGGCGUUUUACUUCGUGCAUUCUCUCCUCCAUUUGGUCGAUACACUGCUAUUGAACAAAAGUUAGAAGGUGAUUUUCGUUUUACUCAUUCCCGUAUUAUAACUCAUUCAGAGGAAAUUGCCUUUUAUCGUGGAGGUGAAAGAGAAAAGGAAGUGGUGAAUAAUACUUUUCAAAAGAUUUCAAAUCAUGUACGUAAAGUAUAUACACUUCGAUUCCUAAAUGGUAUUUUUGAUUCUGUUCUUGUUAAAUAUUGUGCUACAAUGACUGCAUAUUAUUUAUUGGCAAGACCUGUAUUUGAUCGUCGUUAUGCAACGAAGCAUAUGGGCUAUGAUAAUGACCCUACUACUUUAAUGGAAGAUUAUUCUAGAAAUUCUAGUUAUUUGAUUAAUUUAUCUCAAGCCGUUGGUAGACUUAUUUUAACUGGUCGUGAUUUAACUCGUUUUGCUGGUUAUACUUCUCGUGUAGCAGAGUUAUUUGAUGUAUUAGUUGAUGUAAAUCAAGGAAAAUAUAAACGCACAAUGACAUCUACGAAUGAAAAUGAUGGUCCAAAGAGUAAAAUUAUUGAUACAAAUAAUACAAAUGGAAAAGUAUUAGUUCGUGAUGGAGUCAUUAUCUUUGAUAAAGUACCUAUUGUUACACCUAACAAUGAUAUCUUGCUUAAAGAUCUUUCAUUCAAAGUGAGUACAGGCAUGAAUUGUUUAAUAUCAGGGCCUAAUGGAUGUGGUAAAAGUUCCUUAUUCCGUAUUUUGGGUGAUUUAUGGCCAUUAUUUGGUGGUAAUUUAACGAAGCCUGAACCUCAUAAAUUAUUUUAUGUCCCUCAAAAACCGUAUCUUCCUUUGGGUACAUUUAGAGAUCAAGUUAUUUAUCCUGAUACUCAGGCUGAAGCAUUAAAGAAAGGAUAUGACGAUCCUACUUUGAUGAAACUUUUAGAUACAGUUCAUUUAGGUUAUCUGGUUGAACGUGAAGGAGGAUGGGAUACAGUUCAAGAUUGGGCAGAUGUUUUGUCAGGAGGAGAGAAACAAAGAGUUGCAAUGGCUAGAUUAUUUUAUCAUAAACCCCAAUUUGCUAUUCUUGAUGAGUGUACUAGUGCAGUCAGUGUAGAUAUUGAAGCAAUCAUGUAUGAGCAUGCUCGUAAAGAAGGCAUUACCUUAUUCACAGUAUCACAUAGAACAUCCUUGUUUCGCCAUCAUGAAUUCCUUUUACGCUUUGAUGGUGAAGGACAUUAUGAAUUUAGAGAAAUGGAUCCAGAGGAUAUUAACUCUGCUUUUGGUUUUGGUCACGGCAAAUCCAAACCUCAGCCCAAGCUGGAAGACAACGAAGACUAUUAAAGGUCUUUGUUCUUUAUAUAUAGAUAUAAGAUGAUUCGUUAAUAAAAAAAAUAUCCUUUUUUUAUAACUAUAUACAUAUAUAUUUUUGUAUUUGAUAUCCCAUAUAGAUUCACGUCAUUGAAUAUCUCAGGAUGUACUGCCUGCUGCCUUCAGCAAUCAUAAACCGACAGUUUUAUUAUUAAAUCCAUUCUGAUAUCUAGAUCUCCUUUCUCUUGAGACCAUUAAGGGGGGAGUUUUUUCUAUAUUUAUAUACAUAU